AGUAACCCCUGAGCAUCGCUGGGUGUGACCCAAAAAGCAAAAAAAUAAUAAUAAUAAUAAUAAAUAAAAUGAUAGAUUCCUGAGGAAUCUGACCUUACAAGUUAACAGAGUGUGGUUAGGGGAAAGGUGAUGGGCUGGUUGGGGAAGCAGAGCACAAAGAAAGAGGUGACAGAUAAACACAGAGGAAUGGAGAGUCUCGGGAGCACUGUGAUGGGAGUAACCCGAUAAACGUAAGCUCCCUGGAGCAAGGAAGAAAGGACAAACCAGUGUUGUCCCACAACUCUGGCCUAAGAAAUGGUCAUUUCAAACAUGUAUAUGUGGGGAGGGCUGGAAGUGAGCUAUCUAGUCCAAAUACCCACACUCGUACGCACACUUAUACUCACAUUCACACUCACACACACUCAUAUACACUCGUACUCAUUCAUACUCACAUAUUCAUACCCACACUCAAACAGACUGAUACAUUCAUGCUCACACACACUCAUACAUGCAUCCAUACUCACACUCAUACACACUAAUAUUCAUUCAUAUUUAUACCCACUCACACACUCAUAAUACAUUCACGCUCACACACACUGAUACAUGCAUUCAUACUCGCAUUCAUACACACCCAUGCUCAUUCAUACUCAUGUAUUCAUACCCACACUCAAACACACUGGUACAUACAUUCAUGCUCACACACACUCAUAUAUGCAUUCAUACACAUACAUUCACGCUCACACACACUGAUACACGCAUUUAUACUCACACUCAUACACACUCAUACUCAUUCAUACUCACAUAUUCACACUCACAUUCAUACACACCCAUACUCAUUCAUACUCACAUAUUUAUACCCACACUCAUACACAUUCAUACUCACAUAUUCAUACCCACACUCAACACACUCAUACAUUCAUGCUCACACACACACUCAUACACGCAUUCAUACCCACACUCAUAUACAUCCACACUCAUUCAUACUCUCAUAUAUUCAUACUCAUACACACACUCAUACUCAUUCAUACUCACAUAUUCAUACCCACACUCAUACACACUUAUACUCACUCAUACUCUUACAUAUUUAUACUCAUAUACAUAUUCAUUCAUGCUCACAUAUUCAUACCCACACUCAUACACACCCAUACUCAUUCAUACUCACAUAUUUAUACCCACAUUCAUACUCACAUAUUCAUACCCACAUUCAUACACACUCAUACAUGCAUUCAUGCUCACACACUCAUACACGUAUUCAUACUCACACUCAUACACACCCAUACUCAUUCAUACUCUCACAUAUUCAUACUCAUACACACUCAUACUCAUUCAUACUUACAUAUUUAUACCCACACUCAUACACAUCCAUACUCAUUCAUGCUCAUAUUUAUACCCAUACUCAUACACAUUCAUACUCACACUCAUACAUGCAUUCAUGCUCACACAUACUCAUACACAUAUUCAUACUCACAUUCAUUUAUACCCAUACUCAUUCAUACUCUCACAUGUUCAUUAUCAUACUCAUACACACACUCAUACUCAUUCAUACUCACACACUCAUACUCACACAAAUACACAUACUCACACUCAUAUGCUCAUACUUAUGAUCACACACUCAUACAUUCAUCCUCACCUUCCUCCAUUCUGUCACACUCAUGCACAACCCAAGUGCUUCCCCUAUCGAUCGGCGGUCAGCAAUCCCGGCCACUGUUGA